AUGCCAGGACAAAGACUAGACUACUCCCGCUACGGUCCUCGAGGUCAAUCGCAGCGGGCCGUUGAGGGACCGCGGCAGCGGUGGUGUGGGCUUCGCAGGGAUACCUGGGCACACGGUCGCGUCUGGCUGCUAGCAGGCACCAGGGUGGUAGAACCGUACCUAGGGGCAUUGGAAAAGGUCCUGUGGCGGAGGCCCGGCGCUGAAGAUGGACCUGAGCAUGCACGUAAGACCGGAAUUCCACCGUCUUCGCGAAGACUUUCGUCGAUGGCGGAUUCGUGGCGCCGCGGCGCGAACAACGUCCAUGACCUGGGCCCGGACCUCAACCCCAAGCUCAACGUCGACCUCAGGGUCGACCCGGAACAUGCGCAUUCAGAAGGGACCUGA